UGCCAGCCGGGCACGGGGCAGGGGCCGCCGCGGAGCCGCCCCCGGGAGAGCCGGCGAGUGCCCGCCAGGGGCCCCGGCCGGGGCGAGGAGGCAGCGGGACGCGGCGCCGUGGGGCGCCGAGGCGAGACGGGGACAUGCCCCUUCACCCAGCCCGCCAGGAGAAGUGAGCCCCGGGUCGUGCCCGGCAUGGCAGCCCCCCUCCGGCGCCUCCUGCUCCUCGCCGGGGUCCUGGCCCUGGCGGGCUGCGCGGAGCCGCCGGACAGAGCCGCGGAGAAAGAGAUGGUUCUCCGGCAAUAUUCUGGCUAUGACGUUGUUCAUCCAAUCCGAGUUGAUGAGAGCGGAUCUUUUCUGUCCUAUGAUCUGGCUCAUCGCGCAAUUCACAAAAGGGCCCUUUCCUCAAGGAAAAAUUUGCUCUCCUUUUAUGAGCUGCAUUACAAAGGACAGCACCUAAAAUUCAAUUUAAGCGUUAAUAACAAUCUCCUUGCUCCUGGGUUUGUUAGUGAGAGACGAUAUGGAGGAAUCACCAAUGCCAAGAUCCAGUCUUACAAUCACAAGUCUUGUCAUAUGAUUGGAGAGGUCCAGAACUGGGCGCUGAAAGGUGGUUUAGCAGCUCUUAGCACGUGUGAUGGGCUGAGAGGUGUAUUUCGGCUUGCAAAUGAAGACUAUUUCAUUGAACCUCUGGCUACAAAUAAGCAUGAGGAUGGUACAGCCCGUUCUCAUAGGAUCUAUAAACGUCAUGCUCCAAAAUAUGAGGAAGAAGAGUCGAUAGUGGAAUCCAGCAGAAAGCGAGACAGGAAACAGCCCGAUACCUUGGGAACAUGUGGAGUCCAAGAUACUCCGCAAAGCCUGGAGACGCCUGAGAAACGGAGAGAGAGAUGGGAACAGAAACAGCAGAGGAAGCGAAGAAUAAAGCCGCGCUCCAUCAGCAAGGAGAAGUGGGUGGAGACCUUGGUGGUAGCGGACACCAAGAUGGUGGAGUAUCAUGGAAGUGAAAAUAUAGAAAAGUACGUGCUGACCGUAAUGAACAUGGUGGCAGGUAUAUUCCAUGAUGCCAGCAUUGGAAACCCUAUCAACAUUGCAAUAGUUCGUCUUAUUCUGUUAGAAGAUGAUGAGGAGGAUUUGAAAAUCACCCACCAUGCGGACAACACCUUGAAAAGUUUUUGCAAAUGGCAGAAAAGCAUCAAUGUGAAAGGAGAUGCACACCCAUUGCAUCAUGAUGUAGCUGUCUUGCUCACCAGGAAAGACAUCUGUGCUGCAAUGAACAGGCCUUGUGAGACUCUGGGUCUCUCUCACGUGUCAGGAAUGUGUCAGCCUCACAGAAGCUGUAAUAUAAAUGAGGAUACAGGACUUCCCCUGGCUUUCACCGUGGCACAUGAACUCGGACACAGUUUUGGGAUUCAGCAUGAUGGAAGCGGCAAUGACUGUGAGCCAGUUGGGAAAAGACCUUUCAUCAUGUCUCCACAGCUCCUGUAUGACACCUCUCCACUCACCUGGUCCCGCUGCAGCAGGGAGUACGUCACACGAUUCCUCGAUCGAGGCUGGGGGUUGUGUCUGGAUGACCCACCUGCCAAAGAAGUGGUAGACUACCCCUUGGUUCCACCAGGAGUCCUCUAUGACGUCAGCCAUCAGUGCCGGCUGCAGUAUGGAGCAUAUUCCGUCUUCUGCGAUGACAUGGAUAACGUCUGCAAUACGCUCUGGUGCUCAGUGGGGAACACGUGCCACUCCAAGCUGGAUGCAGCCGUCGAUGGCACAAAGUGUGGCGAGAACAAGUGGUGCUUCAAUGGAGAGUGUGUGCAGGUGGGCUACCACCCGGACUCUAUUGAUGGAGGCUGGGGAACCUGGAGUUCUUGGUCUACUUGCUCUCGGACAUGUGGUGCUGGCGUGCAGAAUGCAGAAAGGCAAUGCAACAACCCCACACCGAAGUAUGGCGGUAAAUACUGCCUUGGGGAACGGAAGCGAUUCCGGGUUUGUAACAUGAAGCCAUGCCCCACAGACAAACCGUCCUUCCGCCACAUCCAGUGCAGCCAGUUUGAUGCCAUGCUAUAUAAAGGGAAACUCUAUAAGUGGAUGCCGGUACCAAACAACAUCAAUCCGUGUGAGUUGCACUGCCGCCCAGAGGAUGAAUACUUUGCCGAAAAGCUCCGGGAUGCUGUCAUUGAUGGGACUCCAUGUUACGAAGGGAACACAAGCCGGGAUAUCUGUAUCAAUGGGAUCUGUAAGAAUGUGGGCUGCGACUAUGAAAUUGACUCCAACGCGGUCGAGGAUCGGUGCGGGGUGUGCCAUGGGGAUGGAUCCACCUGCCAGACUGUGAAAAAGAUGUUCGAGGAGAGCGAGGGUCUGGGUUACGUUGACAUUGGGAUGAUCCCAGCUGGAGCCCGGGAGAUUAGAAUUGAGGAAGUGGCAGAAGCAGGAAAUUUCCUGGCCUUGAGGAGUGAAGAUCCAGAGAAAUACUUUCUGAAUGGCGGGUGGACCAUCCAAUGGAACGGAGAUUACAAAGUGGCUGGGACAACCUUCACCUAUGAGAGGACUGGAAACUGGGAGAACCUCACAUCCCCUGGGCCCACGGGGGAGCCCGUCUGGAUCCAGCUGUUGUUCCAGGAGACGAACCCAGGGGUUCGAUACCAGUACACUAUCCGAAGGGAGUCUGACCAUGAGAAUGAGAUUCAGCCCGCAGAGUUUUUCUGGCGAUACGGCUCCUGGACUAAGUGCACUGCCACAUGUGGGACAGGCGUUCAGAGACAGAUUGUGCACUGUGUUGAAAAGCUGGCGGGGCUAGUGGAGGAGCGGUACUGUGACUCAUUGACCCGACCCGAUGACAAGCAGCGGACGUGUAGCGAAGAGCCCUGCCCAGCCAGGUGGUGGGUUGGAGAGUGGCAGAAAUGCUCUGCCACUUGUGGUGAAGCUGGGCUCAUGAAGAGGACAGUCCUUUGCAUUCAGAGUGUGUGGCUGGAUGAACAACGGGCUUUGCAGCACACACAAUGUCAGCAUCUCUCCAAGCCAGAUGCCACUGCGCCCUGUAAUAGGGAUAUCCUCUGUCCUGCUCAAUGGGCCAUAGGCAACUGGUCUGAGUGCUCAGUAACAUGUGGAAAUGGAACACAAAGACGCCUUGUUUAUUGCAGUAACAAUACUAGGACAACUUGUGAUCGUACACAGAGACCACUGUCAGAAACUACUUGCUCCCUGAAGCAAUGCCAGAAGAAAAUAGAAAAUGCCAACACUGACUGGUCUGGCAGCGGAUCUUCAAGCAGAGAACUAUUUAAUGAAAUAAAUUACAUUCCCAAUCAUCACAUUUCCCACUUCAGCCCCUCAAUUCCAAAUAAUCCAAAAUCCAAAGACAAGAAUGUCAUAACUGAGGAAGAUUUUUCAAGCAGCAGUAACAAAAAGGGAAAUGUGUUUGUUGAUGAUUUUUACUAUGAUUAUAAUUUUAUCAAUUUCCAUGAAGAUCUAUCCUAUGAUCCCCUGGGUGAGAAAGACAUUAAGAGUGAGGGGUUUAAACCAGAUGCAGAGGGCGAGGCAGCUAAUAACCUGGAGGAUUCUAAUGAAACGUCUCCUAACAUUCCAUAUAAUGUAAAACCAGAAGGAGAACGCAAUGAAGGAAACUCAGCAAGAAGUGAUACAAGUACUUCUGCAGAUGUGCAUAAUGAAGAAAAGGACAAAGCUGGGGUUGGAGACAGUAAGACUCUCUUCAGCAUAACUGAAGAAUAUGAGGAUAUCAGGACAGCUACCGCCCACUACAUAACCCCCUCCUACAUUGGAGAGAAGGAGGAGGAAAUGCAUAUGCCACUUUCUGAAGAUCAGCCAUCCACUGAGAAUGGAACAAGACUUUAUUCUAUAAACAGCCCAGAUAAUCUGCCCUCUGAUAAAACCCAAGGAGUCCUGCUGACAGAGACCAUUUCUGAAGAGGAUGCGACAGUCACCAUCCCCUCUAUCAGUUAUCCUUAUCUGGCCAUCCCCACUCCACCACUGCCUGUUGACAAGGGCAGUGCUGGUGGAGAAGAGAUGUAUGACAUUUGGGGAAGUCCAGGAGAGCCUGGAAGCAGAGAAGAGGAUGGUAAAAGCACAGAGGUUCCUGUUAACAAUGACAGCAAAGAUGAUGGCUUGGCUGGUAUUGCCCAGCCAGGCCAGGAAGAUACCAAUGAAAUGGAUUUGGUCAUCAUUGAUGAUGGUGAAACUGACUCCAAAACCAAAGAUGAAAACGCAAAGGCCGGUAUAACCGCAACAGCGGAGAGUGCAGAUGUGAACAGGCCCGCAUAUAACCGGCCUCCCCAGCCAACGACAAACGAGCCACUGCAUCCUGCAGCUAAGGACAUCCCUUUCCCCUCCACUGAACGCAGAUCUGAGCAGGAAACAGGAGGCACUCGUGAAGACACGGACCCCACUAUGGGUUCAUAUAAUUCAGAUAACAAAGAACCGGAUGACCAGAUAUUCCGGUCAGAGGAUGUACAGAACCAGCUAGAUGAUUUCAGUGCUGUUUCACAGACACACAACACGCAAGCAGCCACCAUGACAGCUCGUCCCCUGCUGUGGUCCAUGCCCCCCCACAUGCAUGAGCCAUCCACACAAGAAAGCAGGACACUUACAUCAAACAGUCUAGCCCACCAGGGUGCCCAAGCACCAGCCGUGCCAAUAUCUUCAGAUCCAAACCCCACAGGUGGUCCAGAAGGGACGCUUUCUGCUUUGCCAGCCGAGUUAGCCACAGCAUGGUGGGCUGAGAGGGAAGCGAAUGAAAUAAAGACGACUCAUUAUACAAAGGAUGUGUUUUCUGAUGUGCCCGGGGCCACCCGCGCAGGCCCAAAUGAAAGCGCGGGCCCGAGUGAGAGCUCGCCAUGGGGCACCCAAAGGAUAUUUGCUAAUCGGGAUGGAGAACACGGAACAUCUCUCCCCACGCCCAGCCUUCCAGACCAGCAGCAGCAGGAGGCAGAAGCAAAGGAGGGUUCUUUCCUAUUGCUCCCUGCUACCAGAGCAGCCCCAGUAACGACCAGCUGGGAAGUUGGGAGCUGGAGUGAGUGUUCCACAGCCUGUGGCUUAGGAGCUAGCUGGAGGACAGUGCAUUGUAGCACAGGCAAAGAUGAAGAUUGUGUUGCUGCAAAUAAACCUGUCCCUGCUCGAAGGUGUUACCUGAGACCAUGUUCCUCGUGGCGUAUUGGAAACUGGAGUAAGUGCUCCAAGAACUGCGGAGGGGGACUGAAGGUUCGGGACGUGCACUGCGUUGAUUCCCGAGAACAGAGGCUUCUGCGGCCCUUUCAUUGUCAAGCUGUUUUCUACAAGCCCCCAGUGCAGACUUCCUGCCAAACCAAGCCUUGUCUGGACUGGUAUACCUCAUCCUGGAGAGAGUGCUCUGAGUCAUGCGGCAGAGGUGAGCAGGAGCGCUUAGUUACAUGUCCAGAAUUCAGACGGUGUAAUGAAAUGUUAAGGCCAAAUAACACAAGACCCUGCAACACUCACCCAUGUACCAAAUGGGUAGUAGGAUCAUGGGGAGAGUGCACAGCUACCUGUGGUGGUGGCAUCCAGCGGCGACAGGUGAAGUGCAUGAAUACAAAAACUGGCGAAGCUGAAGAAGACAGUAGCCUAUGUGACCACGAAAAGUGGCCAGAGAACACCCAGAAGUGCAAUCCCCAGGACUGUGACAAUAGCGAGUCAAUGCUUAAUGAACAUUAUGGAGAGCUCAAGAACUGUCAUCUUUGCAGCAUCCCUACAGAGGGCACUUCUUUUGCUCCUUCUCUUUUCUGUUCAAUGUCACUUUCAAAGUGGAAGUUCUACUUCAUCUGUGAGCGGGACCGCCUCACGUUCAGUUUUUGUCAAACUCUAAGGAUUCUGGGAAGAUGCCAUCUUCCAACUGUCAAUGUGCAGUGCUGCCGAACCUGCCGCCAGCAUGGUCACAGUGCUCGGGAUCGUGGGAAUGAACGUGUCUCCAGGAGGUGAAACCAUUUAGGUAGAAGGACCCUUUAUGGGGAGGGGAAAAACAGAGCUGUAGAAGCUUCAAAAGAACAUACAUUAUGCAGUGAACAAAAGGAACUCCUUAAAACUAGGUUUUGCCACAUGGUCUGUUCAUAUAGCAAUGCAAAAUGUUGCUACAAGUUCCUCCACUGGGGAUUUUGAAUGGUGCUCUUUAAAAACACAGGGAAGAUUUUAUUUUUUUUUAAACUACACUACAUGGUGCUCAAAUGAUCAGUCUCAAAAACAGAGCCUAGCUCUCACUAGACAGCACUCAAAGUCCUGCUAGUUACCAUGGAGAAAUGUACUGUUUCCUAGCAAGUAGCUGAGAACAGAUACACUUUUCCAUAUCUCGUGUCAUGCCUAAUGUUAGACAAUAUACAAGAGAACAUUUUAGGAAACAAACUUAAAACAGAAUAGCAAACAUUUUUGGGAGAUCUCUCUAAAAGAUGGAUGGUGCUAUCAUUUGACAUUUUCAGCUUUUGGUUGGUGUUGGCAGGCCAGCACAAAACUCUGACCAAGUGACUUUUUAUUAUUAUUAAUUAUUAUUAUUAUUAUUAUUAUGUAUAAGUGAGCAUCUAUGAUUCCAAACAGUGUAGCUUUUGCCUUUUUUUCUUGAGGGACUCAAAGCUGGCAACCCACUUUUGUAAUUUACUGAAGAAUGUUUACUAAUUGAAGUCAGCUCUACAUAAUUUAAGAAACUGAGAGAUCAGAGUGAGCAAGGAAGCAAAAUACCUGCACUAGUCAUUAUCAUCAAGAGUAUUAGGCUUGCAGAUCCUCCAGUAUGUCUGAGUAUUCCUCACACUUUUAAUGCUGCUGCUGGUUUUCUGUGUAAAAGUGAGUGUACAUAUUAGUGUGUUUUGAUGGAGGCUAAAGGGGUGAGGACAUCAACACAUGAAUGAAGAGAUAAAUUUAGGUUGGAGGAAAAAUUACAUUGUCCCCGGCAUAUAUUUGUAAAGAGUCCAGAAUACUAUCCUAGUCUAAUUCAUGAAGAAUGUAUUAGAACUGCAUCUACUGCUAUUUUACCUUCUCCACAUUAUUCCUCUGGAAGGCACAAAUGACAAAUUGGAUUGUUAAUAGCAUAACUGGAUUUCUGCAUGUGAUUACAACACUUUGUAUAAGUUUGGUGGUUAACUAAGGUUUUGUCUUUGUUUCUAAACAAAUUUAAAAAUCUUCUUUCUGCUUAUAUAGCUUUACUUUUGUUAAAGUUAGUUGAUUCCUUUAACUAGGCUGUCCAAUAUUGUACAAAGAAAUGGUACAUAAUUAUCAAGGCAGGCAUUGUUCUUAUCUGUCGGGGGUCCAAUAGUGGCUGUAUGUUAAUCCCUCAGUGUAUUAGGAAGGACGUAUUAUAUUGGUCCCUGGAAGAAGGUCCAAAACAUUCAUUUGUAUGUAACUCUUCA